AUGCCCGAGGAGAAAUUUCAAUUUAUUGGCCAAAGCGGCCAGUUUAGCCAAGAUACUCAGGCGACAAAUAAAGUCGUCAGAGCGCAUGUGAUGCGCCGAUACAGGCGUCAGCAAAAGAAAAAACAACCAGUGUCGCCCCCUGGAAACAUCAAUACGGGACUGAGAAGGGGCUCUGGCACGACUGUGCCGUCAGAUCCAUGCCCUCAACCAAGCCCAGGGAGCGUCGCGGCGGAUUUCGUGACCAGCGAAGAUCCAUUCCCAGACUCUUCUGCGGCAUACCAAUCAGAUUCUCCACUGAGCGUUCAGACCUGGCUGGAUGGUGAGCUCGAUCCCUUUUCCAGCUUGCCCGUAGCGGCUGACUCGCGUUCGCUCAUGCUCCUUCAUCAAAACGCAAACUCAUUCAUUCGAACUUCGGUCCAUUCAGAUCCGAGUGAAACUUAUCGAAGUGUGUGUAGUAAGAACCCUGCGUGGCUCUUCAUGCAUCUUUUUUAUGCCGCCUCGCGAUUCUCGGAGGCUUUAGGAGAUUCUUCCUCCGUCGCACCGUAUUACCUGCUUCAAUCCAUAUCGGCAAUAAAUAGGACCAUCACAACAUCACCAGAGAUGAUUGACGAUGCAACCAUUGCUACUGUGGCAUGUAUAGCCAACGUGGAGAAUCUCAACGGGCGGGCUUCCAAUUCCAUCAUCCACAUAAAUGGCUUACGGCAGAUGGUACAAAUGAGGGGCGGCCUGGAAAAUCUAGGCAUGCGAGGCAUCUUACGUCGGAUGGUAUUGUGGUCAGACCUCCUCGCAAGCCUAAACUCCAGAACCGCACCUUAUUUCCCUGCCUACAAUACUGAGAAGCCGUUUCAACUGUGGCAGUUCACGCCAGUCGACAGCCGAGAUAGAUAUCGACUCAUACUCAACAAAUCAUUGGCAAAGAUGACCACCAGGAAGCAUCACAUCAACAUCAACGAGCUGUUACUUUCUUUGCACGAGCUGUCUACCUUUCUCAAUUUGAUUGGCAACCGGCCACUCCCAUGGGACGCCUACUAUCCUGACAGGGUGUACGAAGUUGAGUACUGUAUACUAUUAUCGCAAUUCGAUGACAAUCUUGUCACUGAAGUGGAUGCCACAGGAAUCGGGCAACUUCUGCUUCACGCUGCUCUCCUCUUUGUCUACACCAAUCUUCGAGAGACGCCUGUGGGAGGACGCAUACGACGCAAGCUGCUCUUCCGCUUGAUUUGUGCUCUUGAUUGCAUUGAUCUGUCGUUCCACUCAAAGACUUUUUGCCCGGAGAUUCUCUGGGCACUGCUCAUUGGGACUCUCGCGGCUACGGACCAAGCGCAAGCAGAUCUUUUAAAUACAGCCAAGGGAAUAUGUAUCGAAAACGGGAUUCACACGUGGAUGGAAGUUAUGGAACAACUGGAAGCAAUGCCAUCACUAGUAGAAAGUUGCAUGGUAAAAUGUAUGAACCUAUGGAUGGAUCCUUGA